AUAAUUAACCAUCUUUUUACCUGUCCAGAGUACCCCCCUUCCUCUUCUAACUCACAAGUAAAGCUCCCCCAUUUCAUCGCAUAUGCACUUCACCAAACAAAGCUUCACUCUUCUGUAACCUUCGCUGCCCUCAUCCCCCUUCAGCAACUCAAAGUGUGCUUCCCCACUGCUCAGGGAUCUUCGGGUCACCAUCUUUUCGUAUCCGCUUUCAUGCUCGCAUCCAAGGUUAUCUGUGACGACACUUACUCCAACAAAUCCUGGAGUAUUCAGAGUAUCAUAGCCCAGGGCAUGUUCCAGUUGCAAGAAAUCAAUCAGAUA